AUGUCUGAAAUUUUAAUCGUUCCGUUAAAAGAGAAAAUGAGCGAACGAACCUUAUGGCUCACUAUUGUUCAAAUGUUUUACGGAACAAUCACAGUGGUUUUCAUGUUAAUAUUACUUUUUCUUUUCCAGUUCUCAAAAAAGUUCAGUUAUUCUUUUUACCGAAUUCUACAACUCGAUCUGAUAACGAACAUAUUAUGCAAUUUGAACAGUCUAUUUUCUGUAAGAUUUCAAAACCAUUUAAUGUUUUUACCAGUUUUGGAAUUCUUGGAGAACUCGAUUCCAGGAUUUUUAUCGAUAUCGUCUCGUGGAAAAUUUUUAUUUUUCCAUUUACAGUUUUUCACAGCACUGUCAAUGAAUAUUCAUAGAAUAUCAUCUGUAACACAUCCUGUUGGUCAUGGAGAGUUCUGGACAAAAUAUUUCAAAUUAUAUUAUGUGAUACUAUGUGGUAUAAGCAUUUUCUUCACUUCGGUUUUACCGUUAGAAUCACAUAGGAUUGAAAUGGAAAAUGGUACUCUUAUAGAGAUAAGUAAUCACAGCAUGACGACUUGGACAUUGAACAUAUAUGCUAUUUAUUCAUCAGUUUACUUUAUAAUUCUACUUUUAGUUGGCAUUAUAUCAAUAUUUUACAUCAGUCGAAAAGUUGAACAAGUCUCAACAAGAAGCCGGGAAGUUGCAAGAAAAUUGUCACUUAUAACUCUUGUCUAUGGAUUCCUCUAUUCUGGAAUUCUUCUAUGGAGCAUUUUAAUGGCUCUUAAUCGUUAUUUUCAAUUCUGUCCUCCAUCAUUUGGAUAUAUCUUUAACAUGUCUUUAGGAAUCUCGUCUGAUUUGAUCACCCUAUCACUUCCUUAUAUCUUGUUGAUCUUUGAUGUUGGCAUUCGAAAGUUAUUCUGUAGAAAACGAAGAAAAGUUGGAGCUAUGAAUGUUCCGUAA